GAGCACGGCUUCAGGGCUCUGAGGGGAGAGAACAGGAAGAGCGAUGUAGUGCUGUCCGAGCGUGGGUCCCAGUGCGAGUCCGCGGGUCACACAGCGUGGAACCACACCCUUCGGCCCAUCCCGUCCGUGAGUCUGUGCUGGUGCUGGGGCCUACUCCAGUCCGUGCUGGUGCUGGGGCCUACUACAGUCUGUGCUGGUGCUGGGGCCUACUCCAGUCCGUGCUGGUGCUGGGGCCUACUACAGUCUGUGCUGGUGCUGGGGCCUACUCCAGUCCGUGCUGGUGCUGGGGCCUACUACAGUCUGUGCUGGUGCUGGGGCCUACUCCAGUCCGUGCUGGUGCUGGGGCCUACUACAGUCUGUGCUGGUGCUGGGGCCUACUCCAGUCCGUGCUGGUGCUGGGGCCUACUACAGUCUGUGCUGGUGCUGGGGCCUACUCCAGUCCGUGCUGGUGCUGGGGCCUACUACAGUCUGUGCUGGUGCUGGGGCCUACUCCAGUCCGUGCUGGUGCUGGGGCCUACUACAGUCUGUGCUGGUGCUGGGGCCUACUCCAGUCCGUGCUGGUGCUGGGGCCUACUACAGUCUGUGCUGGUGCUGGGGCCUACUCCAGUCCGUGCUGGUGCUGGGGCCUACUACAGUCUGUGCUGGUGCUGGGGCCUACUCCAGUCCGUGCUGGUGCUGGGGCCUACUACAGUCUGUGCUGGUGCUGGGGCCUACUCCAGUCCGUGCUGGUGCUGGGGCCUACUACAGUCUGUGCUGGUGCUGGGGCCUACUCCAGUCCGUGCUGGUGCUGGGGCCUACUACAGUCUGUGCUGGUGCUGGGGCCUACUCCAGUCCGUGCUGGUGCUGGGGCCUACUACAGUCUGUGCUGGUGCUGGGGCCUACUCCAGUCCGUGCUGGUGCUGGGGCCUACUACAGUCUGUGCUGGUGCUGGGGCCUACUCCAGUCCGUGCUGGUGCUGGGGCCUACUACAGUCUGUGCUGGUGCUGGGGCCUACUCCAGUCCGUGCUGGUGCUGGGGCCUACUACAGUCUGUGCUGGUGCUGGGGCCUACUCCAGUCCGUGCUGGUGCUGGGGCCUACUACAGUCUGUGCUGGUGCUGGGGCCUACUCCAGUCCGUGCUGGUGCUGGGGCCUACUACAGUCUGUGCUGGUGCUGGGGCCUACUCCAGUCCGUGCUGGUGCUGGGGCCUACUACAGUCUGUGCUGGUGCUGGGGCCUACUCCAGUCCGUGCUGGUGCUGGGGCCUACUACAGUCUGUGCUGGUGCUGGGGCCUACUCCAGUCCGUGCUGGUGCUGGGGCCUACUACAGUCUGUGCUGGUGCUGGGGCCUACUCCAGUCCGUGCUGGUGCUGGGGCCUACUACAGUCUGUGCUGGUGCUGGGGCCUACUCCAGUCCGUGCUGGUGCUGGGGCCUACUACAGUCUGUGCUGGUGCUGGGGCCUACUCCAGUCCGUGCUGGUGCUGGGGCCUACUCCAGUCUGUGCUGGUGCUUACUCCAGUCUGUGCUGGA